GAAGAAACCACUGCCUACUGCCAGGUCUGGUAUGGAUACGAUUGCCCUACCCUUCCAUAUUGCUACUCCUUUCGGGAUUUGGGAUAAUCACUUACUGGUAUUAGAGCCCAGAUCAAACCAAAGGGAUACUAUGGACCUAAUUUCGUUGGUGGGUAAUGACGACAUUAUAGAGGAUGCGAUUUCAAACGCUGCGACGGAGAAUUCGCCUUCCAAAAUUAAAUCAACUACUUCAGCUGAAGGAUCUGAAUGCCUUACCUUGGCUGAGGCUGUUAUAAAGGCUCUUCAGUCUAAUAUGGACUACACUGGCAUCAAGCGCAUGCUCGAUACGAAUCCUCCUGAACGUGUGCAUAAAGCACUCAAUAAAGGCAUCGAUGGGUUUUCCGCCAUCUUUGAAGCAGUCAAACGGAACAACCCCGAUAUUAUAAAGCUACUCGUUGAAAAUGGAGCUAAUCCUAAUGCAACAGAGCAUAACUCUGAUAUUCCGCUUCUUGCAUUUGCAAUUUUGCAAGAAGCAACGUCAAUUACACUUAUCCAAACGCUCCUGAGCCUUGGGGCGAAUCCUCAUUCUAUUCCUCGAGAUUUGUGGGACGGAGGUAACAGCAAGACAUUCGGCGAUGAUGACGAGUCACUGGCUGGCGGCGACUCAACGCCCCUGACUCUCUGGUGCGGUAGUUUACACCGCGCCUCACUUCUAAAACGAAUGGACUUUGGUCUGAAAUAUCACCUUCUGACCUCGAGCAAGCUAAUCCCUCUAACAAAGCAGGAAAGACAGAAUGCUGAUAUACAAGGGACAAUAUCUCUCCUCCAGGCCCCAUAUUUCUUGAUCGGGCAGAGCCUCGCUAUAAAACGCGUGACCGAGUAUGUCCAAUCUCAUCUUUUACUUCCAAACAGUAACGGGCCAUUAUUGCUCGCAUUUGUCGGUCCUCCAGGCCAUGGCCAGGCACAGCUGGCUGCCAGUGUUGGCAAAGUAAUAUCUCUUAGCGCAAUUGUUACCCGCAUGAAAAAGAUGAACAAAUGCUCUGUUACCGAACGUAUAUCCUCUAAGGAAGUCUCCGCUCACCAGCCUGGCGGAUUGGAAGUGGUGUAUAUCGAUGACUUGGACAAAAUCGGUCGUUCGAAUCUGGUUACGCUCCUAGAUGGUCCCCCGAAAGAAACCGACCGGGAUAAAACUAACAGUAGCAUCUCCGAUAACUCGAGAACCAUCUGUAUUCUCUCUGUAACCGACGGUGAGAGCACAAUACUCGAUUUUUACGCAAGAUAUCUAAGAAACACCUCCAAGAGCGAAUUACACUCAGCGCCCUGGAACGAACUAGACAAAGCGCUGAAAAAGGACCUCAUAAAAAGCUAUGGUUCCUCCCUAACUUGCCACGUCGAUGCCAUAAUCCCAUUCUUCCCCUACUCCAGUUCUGAAACCGAUGUGCUGGCGUACAAAUAUAUCCACGACUUACGCUCUCGCCUAGCCACUACUACCGCCCCUUGCGACAAUGCCUCCGCUGCAAAACCUGCAGCUACAAAUGCAUCCGUAUUUCUGCCCCCUAUUCAUCUUGACCUUGAAGGCGAUGGCAAGGCAAUCUGCACGUAUAUUGCGAAGAAGAGCUACGACAUGAGUCUCGGGGAACGAUCUAUCCAACAGGCAGUUAUUAGGGAAAUCCAGCUGUCGAUUUUCGCGCAGUGGAUGAAGAAGAAACCUGAGGCAGAGGAGAGGUUGGACGGACGUGGACAGUCGCAGUCAGAGACACAGGCACAGGCGCAAUGGUGUUCCGGGUUGGGCCUGGGAAGGCCUCUUUCCUCUUCGUCCAACUCUAUUUCCGGGGGUACACAUGCCCUGCCCACUAAGGGGAUUACCAAGGCCGUUGUUAAGUUGCUGGCGGCGAAGGAGUAUCCUGAAUUCAUGGUGCCUAGUGGGAACGGCCGUGUGUCAAUUUCAGUAUCUUUGGAGUAGGUAAGUUUGGGUCAAACUAAACUAGCAAACUAGCAGAGCGUGGUGACAGUGAUUUUCUUUUUUCUUUUUACUUGGUUCGAAAAUGGAAGGGUGUAUUCCCGUUACCAUAUUAAAAUGAAUAGGGGGCUACCUAAAUUUAGGAUGGGGACAGCUUGUUGGAACGAAUGGGGAAGACGGUUCCUAUGGGAGGUAUUUGCUACUUUUGAAAUUGUUUUUUGCUCAGGAAUGUGGAGAAAAGAAAAAGCGUCGCAUGAAACUAAAUUGGAGGGGAGAUGUCUAAUCUGAAAUUGUGAACAGGAAAGAGAGUUUUAGCAAUAGGGAGAGCUGGACAAUCAGAAUAUUUAAGUGAAUCAAAUUUGACCAUGGAUUGCUCUUCUGUGCCUUUUCUCCUCUACUGAUAGCCAACUCACUACCCCCUGGAUAUGAUAUGCCAUCCUGGUAAGGAGACAAGGAUCUCGCUACAGAAUGAUAACUGGAUAUUUACCAAAAUCUAGACAAAUUAAGGAGACUGAAAAUGUAAAAUGUCCCUUUAAGUUAAUAUUUAUAUUUCAUAUAUCAUCGAGGAUAUAAUCCGCACAAGAACAAGGGGCGUAUUCACCCAUACAUACGAAAGUCAUUCCUAACCUAACACGCAACACUACCUCAUAAAACCCUAAGACCUCCUGGCUAUUAUUGUACCCCUUUGGGAUUCCAAAAUUAAGGUAAAGGGAAAACGAGGGGAAAGAUAACCUUCUACACGAUCAGAAGUCCUAUGCUUAGAUGUAAAUACGAAAGGAAUUGGAGGAACGGGAGAAACCUAAAGCCGCAGGAACGGCUCCGUGGGUAAGAGAGGAUGGAUGGAAAUGUUUGACGAUAAAAAAAAAAAAAAAAAAAAAAA